AUGAGUACCGUCGGGAAGGAGCUGCAGCUGGUGGUGCUGGAUGUGGGCCCCGACAUGCACCCUUAUCUUUCGGAGGCGGCCCGCAACCUGUUCAACCUCGCGACAGCCCGGCUGCUCAACAAGCCCUCCAUGGAGAUGGCGCUCAUCUUCUACGGCACAACGGAGACCGACAACGCCCUCAACAGGGAGAUGCUGGCUGAGGGGGAGGAGGGCCAGUACACCAACAUAGUGGUGGCCCAGGAGCUGCAGUGCGUGUCGACGGCCCUCAUGGCCGCGCUCAGGGACGAGGCCGUGCCGCGCGGCGCGGGGCCCAGCGACUGGGUCAACGCGGUGCUGCUGGCCAUCGACAUGCUACUCAAGGCCGACAAGAAGUUCAACCUGGCCAAGUACCCGCGCAAGCUCUUCCUCAUAUCAACGUUCACAGACCCGGUGGACCUUGACCCCGAGUUCCGCGCCAACAUCGUGGAGUCGCUGCGGCGCACCCGCAUGGCUCUGGAGGUGGUGGCCGUGGGGGAGGAGCCCUGGAGGGCACCCGGCGGCGGCGAGGACGGGCAGGGGCUCACGCUGGAGGUGGAGGGCAAAAUAGCCGCGCGCGACGCCAACAUGGAGGCGCUGUCGGAGCUGAUGAGUGACGUCACCGGCAGCAUACGGCUGGCGCCCACGCCCAAGGAGGUCGCCGGUAUGUUCCAGGCGGUGCACAAGGAGGGCAACGCCGCCUACUCGGGGCCAUUCACGCUCGGCACCAAACACAUCAACGUCAAGGUCUACAAGAAGACCAAUCCCGAGCCCGUCACCUACAACUCCUCCAGCUGGGAGCUCAAGCGCUACUGCGCGCCAAAGCCCAACCAGGCACGCAUGCAAAGGCCCCCCGACGACGAGUGCUGGGUGGGCGUCAGCAGGGAGCUGCGCGCUGCGAACGACCUGGACGGCACCGUGGUGGGCUCCAUGGACACUCUGCCCGCGUACAAGUACGGCAAGGAGUGCAUCCCCGUGCACGAGGAUGAGGAGGAGCUGCUGGGCUACCACCCUGAGAAGGGCAUGGCGCUGCUGGGCUUUGUGGACGCAGAGGGGGACGGCGCGGUGCCCUUCUACUACCUGGGCUGCAGCCAGACCAAGGGCUGCUUCGUGGUGCUGGGGGACAAGGAGGGCGACGCCGUCGCAGUGUCGGCGCUGGCGCGCGCCAUGGCGCGCACCAAGAGGAGCGCAGUUGUGCGUGUCGUGUUCCGCGCCAGGACCGGCACGCCGGGGCUCUACCUACUCACGCCCCUGCUGGCGCCGCCAAAGGGGGACCAGGCGCAGCCGCAGUUUGACUGCCUGGUCAUGAACCGGCUGCCGUUUGAGCAGGACUUCCGGGCCACAUGGCUGCCCUCCCUGGAGCCAGACGUCCGCAAAGAGGUCCAGCCCAGCCCCGAGCAGCAGGCCGCCAUGAGGGCGGUGGUGGAGGGCCUCGACCUGAUGGCCGCGGGGCCAGGGGGCCGCGAGGCGCUGCGGCCGGAGGACGUCGUCAGCCCGGUGCAGCAGAGGCUGUACCAGCUGGUCGGCCGCAAGGCCCUGGACCAGGGCUACAAGUUCCCCAAGGACGAGGGCGAGGCGCUGACGUCAGCGGUGUGCGACCCCCCUCUGGAGCGGUUUCCCGCCAAGGCGCGCGCCGCGCUGGAGAAGCUGCCGAAGCUCUUCAAAACGCAGGUGGGCACCGCGUCCCCCCUGGAGGACUUUGCUGCUCUGCUGGAGGGCGGCAAGGCCGACGACGCCAUCCGCGGCAUGGAGGAGGUCAUCCCACGCCUGGUGGAGGAGAGCGUGGGCGCGCGGCUCUACCCCAAGGCCGCCGACUGCGUGGCGCGGCUGCGGCAGGCGUGCGUGGCGCUGCCGCGGCCGGGGCCGUUCAACGACCUGCUGUCGCGGCUGGUCGAGCGGUUUGAGGGCGACCCCCUGCACUCGGCCUUCGCGCAGCGCCUGCGCGACGCGCGUGUGACGCCCAUCAGCAGUGCGGAGGUGCCGGCCGGCACUGAGGGCGCGGUGGCGCCGGCGGCUGCGGAGGCAUUCCUCCGGCGCGGCGGGGCAGAUCGAAAAGAGGCCCCACGGCCUGCUGACGGGCAGGAGGAGGAAGAUGAGCUGGCAGACAUGGAGUAA